CCAUCUCACGACUUUUUUUUCUCCCGCCGUCGCACUCAGUCAUAGGAAUACAUCAGAACAUACACACCCACACCAAGAACCGACACGAUGAAGUUGACCUUCAAGGAUCUCAAGCAGCAGAAGUUCGUCAUCGAGGCCGAGCCCUCAGAGACGAUCGGAGAGGUCAAGGCAAAGAUCGCGUCCGAGAAGGGCUGGGAGCCGUCAACACAGAAGCUCAUCUACUCGGGUAAGAUUCUGCAGGACGACAAGACGGUCGAGUCGUACAAGAUCGAGGAGAAGGGCUUCAUUGUCUGCAUGACCUCCAAGCCCAAGGCUGCGCCCUCGAAACCUGCAGCGCCCGCAACUCCCGCACCUGCUGCUCAGGCCACAACUCCUGCUGCACCUCAAGCACCCACUUCUUCGUCUACGUCCGCUUCGGCUCCCGUGCCCGCUACACCCUCCCCUGCUACCAACGAGAGCAGUCGGUUCAACGACCCUUCGGCACUCACCCUUGGCGACGAGCGCAAUGCGGCCAUCUCCAACAUGGAGGCCAUGGGCUUCGAACGUGAACAAAUUGAUCUUGCCAUGCGCGCCGCCUUCUUCAACCCUGACCGCGCUGUCGAAUACCUCCUGAACGGCAUUCCCGAGAGUGCCCAACGCGGACAGCAGCAGCAACAGCAGGACCAGGCUGCUCCCAGACAAAGCCAGACACCGUCUGCAGCUCCCGCUACUGCACAGGCCACUGGCGCAGAGGGCGAGAGUGAAGGAGUUAACCUAUUCGAGGCCGCCGCUCAGGCUGGUCAAGGUGGUGGUCGUGGAAGCACCCGCGCAGCUCAACCCGCUCAAGGCGCCGACGCAGGACUUGUUGCAGGUGGUGACCCUCUGGAUUUCCUCAGAAACAACCCCCAGUUCCAGCAACUUCGCCAGCUCGUCCAGGCUCAGCCUCAGAUGCUCGAACCCAUCCUCCAGCAGGUCGCUGCUGGCAACCCUCAAAUCGCCCAGCUCAUCGGUCAAAAUCCUGAAGCCUUCAUGUCUCUCCUUGCUGAGGAUGUUGACGAUGAUGCUGCUCUCCCCGCCGGUGCUCAAGCUAUCAGUGUCACUGAGGAAGAGAGAGAAGCAAUUGAGAGACUCUGCCGUCUUGGUUUCGAAAGAGACCUUGUCAUCCAGGCUUACUUUGCGUGCGACAAGAACGAGGAGUUGGCAGCCAACUUCCUCUUCGACCAGCCUGAGGACAUGGAUGAGUAAAAGAAGAAUGUUGCGUGAAGAAAUCAGGAUGAUAAUCUGGCUGGUUUGCAGUCAAGGCGGCACUAAACGAUAGUCAUGACGCUUUUGCUUUUCUAAUUCAUGAUGUCCCAAAGGACUCGGUACAUAGCGAGGAGAAAUUGUUUUCACCCAUCGCAGGUGCCUGCGGCAUCCGAUACCUAUCAUUUCUAUAUCUUUUGGUGCGGCUUGGAUCAGAGUGACCAUUUGCAGUCUGCCCUUGGAUCUGGUCACUACUUUCGUUUAAUCCAACGACGAGCAUUGUUUUCAGACCCGAACAUGCAGAAAGCCGUUCUUGCAUUUAUCUCCACGAAUGGUCAGAUCACUCGUAAUCACACGUACAUAAGUGUGGUGUGAAAGCACCGUGGCUGCGAC